AUGAGGAGUCUGAAGCUGGAGUGUGAGAAGCUGGCCAGCGAGAAGACGGAGAUGCAGCGACACUACGUGAUGUAUUACGAGAUGUCGUACGGGCUCAACAUCGAGAUGCACAAACAGAGGCCGCAGCAGGCGUUCGUCGGUGUGUGGAGGCAGCAGCGUCGCACUAAUCGCACUUGUCUGGUGAAUGUGGGAGGCGGCUUCCAAGGCGAGUGUUUGUGUUGA